AAUACACAAACAACAGCCACAACUUCCACAUCACUGUUCGGUCAAACAAAACCGUUGUUUGGCUCGUCAACCACGAAUCCAGCCCAACCGAAUGCAUUCGGCGGAGGUACCACAUCAAUUUUCGGCUCAACACAACCUACAACUCAGUCCGGAAGUUUAUUUUCAACUGGUUUUGGAGACUAUAUAGCAAAUCGACGUGGUGCAACAACGGGUGGAGGCUUAACGUUUGGUCAGACGCAGCCAACAACAUCAACUUCGUUGUUCGGUGGUAAUACAGCCACCACACAAUCAUCUUUAUUUGGUGCACAGAAUAAAUCGCUUUUUGGAGUAAUCUGUUUACUCAGAAGUUUUGAUAUUCGCAAGACUAAUUAA